AUGUCAGAUCCCCAAACAAUCGAUGAUCCAAAUCCAAACUGCGGUACCGAAAUUGCAAAUGCUCGAAUUACGGCAUCAGGUAUGGAUACGGAAAAACAACAAUAUGCAGUCCAAUGCGCUAAUGAAGCCAUUGCGCAGCAUUCAAAUCACAAUAUGGCAAUAGCUCAAUAUAUAAUGUCCCAUUUCGAGGAUAAAUAUGGCUCACCAUGGCACUGUAUCGUAAGUGAUGGAAAUUUGGGAUUUUAUGCGCGAUACGAUCCAACAAAUCAUAUCUAUUUCUCUUUAGGACCAAUUACUAUAUUUUUAUUCAAAAAUCAAUGUUAA